AUGAAACCAUCAGGUAAAUGGAGAUUGUGUGCUGACUUAAGGAAACUGAAUGGCAUGACGGAACAGGAUAACUAUCCGAUUCCAGACAUACAGUAUUUGACAGAUCAUAUCAGAGGAAAGAAGAUAUUCAGUAAACUGGAUAUCAAGGAUGGAUUCUAUAGGAUUCAGGAAAGAUAUCUCAAUGACAUUGAGGCCUUUAUAUGA